GCAGAGACCCUCGAGAGGUACUCGACAAGACCAGACUGCUUCAAACGCGCUGCUGGCAAAAUCCGCUCAAGCUGCGCUGAACUGGAGUCACACGAAGACGCGCGCGUCAGAGCUGCGCUAUCCAUGACGCUGUGCGAAAUUGCUACUGCAGAACAUCAGUCUCCACCCAUGGAAUGUAUCCCUUUUCAGGUGGGCCACGACGGACAGCCUCCACGUUAUGUUGGCGAUUCGCCUGGGAAAUGUGUAGAAGCACUAUCACGCAGCGCGCAGUACUGGUCAAGCUACUCGGGGUAUCUCCGAGAAGUUCCUCAACUAUGUUUCGCUUUCCGGCGUUGGAACGAUAUAGACUUGGCCAAAGACCUGCAUCACAACUCGACGCUCCAGAGUCUUGCGGUUUUGCGUUAUCUUGCUGACCGAGAGGCGACGUUCGAACGAACUCUAAACAGCUCCAACGAAGUGGUCGAAGUACGCAUGUCGCUUCGAGCACUCGACGAUAUCAUUAAGAUGGAUAUUUUUGCAGAGCAUGCACAUGAUAUUGGACGAACUGCAUGCAUCCUCCGCCACCAUCAAUGUAGCGUCUAA